AAACUACCACGCUCUCAGCCACUUACAUACCUACUACGACCCCUUCACGAUUUGACGUUGACUUCAUAAUGAUCACUACGGCCACUAAUGCCAGUUCAACGAGUUCCAUUUUUCCGUCUAUAUCCUUAUCACCAUCGAGCUCACCUCCCUCUUUGUCUCCAUCAUCUACGAGUAUAGCAAGUCCUCAAAAGAGCACAAAACAGACAGCUGCAGCAAUUGCUGGAGAGUCGUUAGGAGCGAUUCUGGGUUUGAUCACAGUGCUGCUAGCGGGCUUUUUAAUCUAUCGAUAUCGCCGGAGAAAACAACGUAGUCAAAGAUUGUCAUAGUUUUGGAAUGGACCUGGUAGA